UCCCUCCGGCCGCUAGUCAAUAAAGCAGAAACAGGGUUUGAGAAUAUUCUAGAACGUUCCAUUCCUAUACGGACCCGAAGGACGUAUCCUGUUCCGCUCAGUAUUGUUAAGCACUUCAAGUCGUAUAAGUCUGUUCCUCUCGAAACUUUGUCCAAUUUGAAAUUGCAAUUAGUCUCUUUUUCUAAGUCGAAACCAAUUUUGAACAACUAAAAUGGUGAAAGAGACAACUUAUUAUGAUAUCUUGGGCGUAAAGCCUAAUUGCUCUACGGAAGAACUUAAAAAGGCUUAUAGGAAGCUUGCUCUCAAAUAUCACCCUGACAAAAAUCCAAAUGAGGGAGAAAAGUUUAAAAUGAUUUCACAAGCAUAUGAAGUAUUAUCAACACCAGAGAAACGUCAGAUUUAUGAUGAGGGUGGAGAACAAGCGUUGAAGGAGGGUGCAUCAAGAGGUGGUUCCAUGUUUUCGAACCCGAUGGACAUUUACGAUAUUUUCUUCGGUAAAUCAUUCGGCAGCAGGAGGAGAGAGAGAAGGGGAAAGAACAUAGUUUACCCCCUUUCGGUCACCCUUGAAGAGCUUUACAACGGCGGUGUCAGGAACGUCCAGGUCGGGAAGAACGUGAUCUGUGAGAAAUGCGAAGGAAGGGGCGGUAAGAAAGGCGCAAUUCAAAACUGCGGGAACUGCGGCGGUACCGGAAUGCAAGUACAAAUACAACAGUACGGAGCAGGGAUCAUUCAACAAAUCCAGUCCGUCUGUGUGGAAUGUAGAGGUGAAGGGAAAAUUAUUAAGCCUCAAGAUUGUUGUACAGUUUGCAAAGGAAAGAAAGUUAUACAUCAGAAAAAGAUAAUUGAAUUUCCCAUUGACAAAGGAAUGCACAAUGAGCAGAAAGUUGUUUUCACUGGAGAAGGCAACCAAGAACCUGAUCUCGAGCCUGGUGAUAUUGUCAUCAUUUUAGAAGAAGAGGAACAUCCAAUUUUUAAACAUUAUGUACCAGAAGAUGUCCCAUAUGGACGAUCUGGAAAUGAUUUAAUUAUGAUGAUGAAAUUAGAACUGGUUGAGGCACUGUGCGGAUUCCAGAAGACUAUACGAACACUAGACGGGAGACAUCUUCUUAUUACUUCUAUUCCUGGCGAGGUCAUCAAGCACAAGGAAUUGAAGUGCAUCAUUGGCGAGGGGAUGCCUCAAUACAAAAACCCUUUCGAAAAAGGACGUCUAAUUAUUCAAUUUCUUGUGAAUUUCCCUUCACAUCUUCCUCCGGAGGUAGUGCCCAAGUUAGAAUCCUGCUUGCCAGGAAGGGUUGAGCAAAUUAUUCCGGAUAACGCUGAGGAAGUGAACAUGGUUGAAAUGAUCCCUGAAGAAGAAGCAAUGAAACAAUCUAAAGGAUACAGGAAUAGUACAAGUGACGAAUACUUGACUGAACCAAGAACACUUCAAUGUAACCCAACAUAAACUAAAUUAAUUGGUUGUAACUUUUAAAAUACGUUAGUUUAAAAAUGUGAUCAGUUUUCUUUUUAAAGAAGUUUAUUGUAUUUUUCCUUCAUUUUUUAUAUAUUAUUUUUCAAAGGCCUGCAAUAUAUACAUUUAUUUAUUUGUACCUUUUGAGUUGAACAAUAAACUAAAUAUUCUCAUUAACGCAAUGUUAUAAUAAAUUUGUGAUGGUGGUAAAAUGGAUUUUAUGUUUUUUUUUAUUUUUAUUAUUAUUAAUUUUGUAUUGAUUAUAGUGUAAUAUUAAUUUCAGUUUCUAAACUUGUUAACACAAGAAUAGUUUCAUUGUUUUUUGUUCAAUGGUUUCUUCAAAUUGGUGGAAACAAAAAAUGUAUUAUUACUUGCGGAAAUUCUUGUUUUUGUUUUAUCGGUACGCAAAUUCAUAAGAUUAGCAUUUUGCUUUUCUUCUCUUCUCUUUUCAUUUUUUUACUUAGAUCACUUGAUUCAUUAUUUAUUGUAAACAUGGUACUUGAGCAAAACCACAAAAAUGGCAUAAUCUAACUUAUUUACAACAUAAAUGUAAAUUAAAAAAACAGUACAUCUUUCCUA